CGCGCGGAGGUCCGCGUGUGGAUGGACGGCGCCUUCGACAUGAUGCACUUUGGCCACGCGAACGCGUUCCGCCAGGGCAAGGCGUUGGGCACGCACCUCAUCGUCGGCGUCAACAGCGACGCGUCGAUCACGGAGGCCAAGGGCGCGCCCAUCAUGAACGACGCGGAGCGCACGCGCAUGGUCCGGAGCUGCAAGUUCGUCAACGAGGUCGUCGAGAACGUGCCCUACGUCAUGGACGCGGACUACGUGCGCCACGUCCUGCAGAAGCACCGCGUGGACCUCAUCGUCCACGGCGACGACCCCUGCAUCGUCGACGGCCGGGACGUCUACGAGGCGGCCAAGGCCGCGGGCCGCUACCGGACGAUCCCGCGGACGGAAGGCGUGUCGACGACGGACCUCGUCGGGCGCAUGCUCCUGCUGGCGCGGAAACCGUCCUUGGAAGAGCCGGCGACGCCGACGCGCUGCUCGGAGCUCGGCGAGUCCGAGCACCGCGGCAAGCUGCUGCGCCGGAGCCGCGCGUUCCUUUCGACGAGUCGCAUGAACUCGUGCUUCGCGCGAGGCACGCGCGCGCCCGCGCCCGGCGCGGCCGUCGUCUACGUGGCCGGCGCCUUCGACCUCUUCCACGCGGGCCACGUCGCCUUCCUCGAGGCGGCGCGGGGCCUGGGGGACUACCUGGUGGUCGGCGUGCACGGCGACGCGGUCGUGGCCAAGAAACGCGGCGACGCGUUCCCGGUCAUGAACAUGCAGGAGCGCGCGCUCUCCGUGCUGGGCUGCCGCUUCGUGGACGACUGCCUCUUCGACGCGCCCCUGCACGUGUCGGAGACCAUGGUCCAGUCCUUCAAGAUCACCGUGGUCGCCGUCGCGGCGCGCGGGCCCGACGCGGCCCGCCCCGACGGGGACCGCGACGACCCCUUCGCCGUGCCCAAAAAGCUCGGCCUCUUCACGACCGUCGACUCGGGCAGCGACCUGUCCUCGACGAAGAUCGCCGACCGCAUCCGCGACCGCCACGAGGCCCUCCUCGCGCGCUACCACAAGAAGGCCGCGAAGGAGGAGGCGUACUACGACCAGCGC